AUUGUGGCUGUAUUUUGGUCUGUUUCAUUCUCGUCGCUAUCUUUCUUCUCACCUUCAGUCCUUACCUUUGACUGGCUACCAUUCUUGUCACUCGUUUCUCACAACAGCACCAUCACCAUCAUGUCCCACACCCAAGAAUGGCAGAGCAGCCUUUGCGACUGUUCGCCUUGCGACUCUUGUCUUCUCAGCACUUUUCUGCCAUGCAUUCUCUUCGGGCGCACUGCCCAUCGCAUGCGAAAUGCCCCCAAUGCUCCCAUCGAGAGCACCAACUCUGAGUGCAUGAUUUUCUGCGGCAUCCAGUCUUUUACUGGCUGUGCUUGGAUUUACAAUAUGAUGAGACGUGGGGAGAUCCGCGAAAAGUAUGGCAUCGAGGGAAGUGGCAUGGGCGAUUGCUGCACCUCAUUCUGGUGCCUCUGCUGUGCUCUGGUUCAACAAGACAAUGAGGUUCGGGCGCGACAGGCCCAGGGCCCUAACACUGAGGGUUACCAGCCUGUCAAAGACGACAUGCACAUGCCAUAA